CUGUGUAUUUCUUCAGCAUAAUAAAGUAGCUUUAGAAGCAGCUAGUUGCCUUUUAAAAUACCAUGUUGUGUGCAAAAGAAAUGAAGCUGAAGACAUGUUUCAGUUUUAUGCAGGCCACAUAAUAACACAAAGACAAAAUUUGUUGCCAAAAGUAUACUCUUCUCUCGAAUCUGCUGAAAAUGCAUGCCUGUAUGAGAAAACACACUGUACUGGAGUAGUCCGUUCUCAGAAACGGUAUCAUUUAGUUAGUGGAACAGAGGUAUUUAGAAGCUCUAAUAAAGCUGACGCAUUAUAUCUUAAAACUGGCUGCCGGCCAGGUUACUAUGGCUCAGAUUGUCAAGCCACUUGCCAUCCAUGCACCAAUGGUUUUCCUUGCAGUGGUGUUACUGGACAUUGUGUAGGCACUGCCAGCGUUACUUGCAGUUUACAGUCUCAGGAUCCACGGUGCUCUCCUAGCAAAGUUUCCAGGCAGUUGUGCCCCCAGAGGCCUCGAUGGCAUUAUUUUCUAAAGGCAUGUUACUAUGUGGAAGAUACUAAAACUAAAACGUGGACUGAGGCCAGAAGUGCAUGUCAGGGCUUUAAGGAGACAGAUCUCGCUAAAAUUACAAACAGUGCUGAAAAGGCUUGGAUACAGUUUAAAGGGGAGAACAGUUGGAUAGGUUUGACCUAUAAAAAAGAAGACUUCAGAUAUGUGUGGGUCGAUGGCACAUCUGCUCGGUCUGAAAGAGCAUGGGUCAUGAAACGUAACAGGAGGCAUACGCUCACUAAAGAAGACUGUGUGGUUGCCUUCAAGCAAUACCUUUCCCCGGCAGAUUGUUCUUCUCUGAGAAAGUGGAUAUGCAAAAGAGAGGGAGAUGUCAACCUCUUUACAAUGCACAAGGGGAGAGCUUUGUACUCCCCUUACGUAUCAACAUCAAGUAUAUAUAACACCUUAAAGAAAGCUACGGAUACCUGCUCCGUGCUCCAGACCUGCACUGGGAUCGUGGCAAUGGGGGAGCACUACAUUCUACAAAGUGGGAUGGAACUGUAUAACAGCAGGAACAGUAGCGUGAAAUCCUUUAUCAAGUCAGAUUGCAUCUCUGGAAGAUUUGGGCUUCUGUGUGAAUUUAAGUGUCCACCAUGCGAACAGGGUAUGGCCUGCAAUCCAUACACAGGGCUGUGUGGUGACACUGUGUUUUGCAGUAAGGAGAAUAGUCUUAUCCCCUGUGGAAAAGGGUCCAUAUUUGGUGGCACGUGCCCAGUUGAAAAUGGGUGGCAAUACUGGCAAGGCAGCUGUUACUAUAUCCACACAGCAAAGAGACAAACCUGGCUACGUGCAAGAGACCUGUGCAGGCGUUACAGGGACACAGAUCUUCUGUGGCUGACAAGUCCUGGGGAAAAGGUAUACUAG